AUGGCGUCAUCAUGUGCAACAGACAGUCAACUCCUUCUUUCCCAACAUUUCAGGGCCCAGACUAUGAUGAAGGGCCGUCUGAGUGGAGCCCAGAAAGGCCACUCGCUGCUCAAAAAGAAGGCAGAGGCCCUCCAGAUGCGCUUCCGAAACAUCCUUGGUAAAAUCAUUGAAACAAAGACCCUGAUGGGAGAUGUAAUGAAGGACGCUGCGUUCUCCCUGGCUGAGGCGAAGUUUGCAUCUGGCGGCGACUUCAACCAGAGUGUGCUACAGAAUGUGACCAAGGCUCGCAUCAAGAUCAGGAGCAAGAUGGACAAUGUCGCAGGUACCAACCUCCCGGUGUUUGAGAGUUUCGAGGAUGGAGUAGACCAGUACGAGCUUACAGGUCUCUCUCGAGGUGGCCAGCAGAUGGCCAAGCUCAAGAUCAACUACAAGAGAGCCAUUGAACUGCUUGUGGAUCUGGCAUCUCUGCAAGCCUCCUUCGUCACGCUUGACAAUGUUGUGAAGCUCACCAACCGUCGUGUGAACGCCAUUGAGCACGUCAUCAUUCCACGUUAUGAACGUACCCUUGCCUACAUCAUCUCUGAGCUUGACGAACUGGAGAGAGAGGAGUUCUACCGCCUCAAGAAGAUCCAGGAGAAGAAGAAACAGGCGAGAGACAAGGCAGAGAAAGAGAAAGCUGCUUUGAAGGCAGCAGGUCAGCUAAAGGAGGAAGAGGGAAGAAACAUGAUCGUUGAUGAUAAUGAUGAAGAUUUGCUCUUCUAGAUUCAGGGAUUUUUUUCUAUUGUCAUUAUGUCAUACGUGCCAGCAUUGCACAAAGUGAAAAUUGAAGUAUGAUCAUAAAAAAAUUAAUUUUAUUAUGUAGAUAAUAUUGUGUUGUGAAGUUUUCUUUGGAGAUAAUCGACAUUGAUAUCAUUGUUCCUUUGAUAUCAUAGGUUUUGGGUACCAAUGGUUUCAGCAGUGUAACAUUUUGUAACAUAUGAAUAGAAUUUAUGUAUUGUAUUUUUUUCUUGAAAAAUAAGAAUAGAAAGGCAUCUUCUUCAUUUCCAAAUUUCAUAACAUACAUAGUUUUUGAAGAAUUUAUUUUGAUUUUCAGUUGUGAAAGAAUUAGAAUUGGGUGUAUCAUCAUUGUGGAUAUAGAAAUUAAAAACUAUAUAGAGAAUAGCUUCCAAUUGGGGAUGUGCUUGUAAUAAUUUAUGUCUUCGUAUGCAUGAGUUGAAGUGCAAAAUGUGUUUCAAAAUAAAAAUAUGCUGGAGUAUUAUAUAAGUAUGUAAAUAGCCUUAUAAUACUCUUUGUUUUCUUGAGUUGUUAUGAAAGAGAUUAUAUUAUAUUGAAGGAAUAUUACAUUUAUGUGCUCAACAUUCCAUUUCCGUAGAUCACUGAUUAUAGUUGAUUUAUUAGUAUUGUAUGACAGUAAUCUUAACCCAAUCUGCAUGGAUGGUAAUACAUGCCAUGCCCACUGUAAAAUAAGUUUAUUUAUUGUAUUUACUUGUAGAUGGCUCCACAAGUGCCCAUUCACCAAGGAGUCUGUUAUUAGUCCUACCUAUCUCACCUGUUUAUCCUUUUCCUUGACUUUUGGAAAGGGUCUCUUGUAAGAUUUUAAUAACCAUUAAAUAAUCAUAACUCCAGCAAUAAUAAUAACCAUAUUGAUAUCAAUUGCAUUAAAAAGAAAAACACAUUUUCCUGCCAAUUCAAGGAAUGGGGAAAUCAGGAUCAAUUACUAGGGCCUACUGAUAGACUCCUUGCCAGCUGAGCACAUGUUGAGCCAUCUAUAUGUAACAAAAUUUACAGAAAACUACAGGGGACUGAACAUAAAUCCAUUGUGGUUGGGUUAAUAAAUGUAAACCUUUCUCAGUCUAAUAAAUUCAAUUUAGUAACAGUUUUUACCUUGGCUUUUGUAUUGUGCAUGAAUAAAAUGUUAAACCAAUUUAUGAAAUUUCUAAGAUGCAAAUAUAAUAAUGUAACUUGACAAAUAUCUCAAUGAGAGCUGUAGUAAGGGAGUUAGUAAGUGCAUUUUUCAUGGAACAUGAUAAAGUCCUUUGUAAAAGUUUUUUUUUCUUUAAUGCCCCAUAAUAAUGUAUAUUAUUUUUCUUUUCUUGUGUUCCCUCCCCACCCCUUUUUAUUUCAAAUAGCAUUGUGAAUACUUGAUGGGCUUGUAUAUAUGUUGUGUAUUAAAGAUUAUAAACAGU